UGACCUGUAUACAAACGUGACAUGACAGCUUCGAACACAGCACUCAUCACGCUGCGGAGACGCGACAUAACACACCUGUGCUACUCCACGCUUUUUGUUUCCUCCCCCUGGAGUUUUACCAGCCUUUGGCGAUGUCUUCCGUGGAGACUACGAAGGAUGUGUGCUCCAGUUCCUCCGAGGAGGAGAGAGGUUCCUCUCCGGUGGCGGAGCGGCAUCGGCAUCCGUUCAGCGUGGAGGCGAUCAUGUCCGGGAGGAAGACGGUGGUCCGCCGCGGCGGGGAGGUCGGCUCGGUGGUGGUGACGUCACCCUUGGGCUUUAGUUCGCUUUACGGUCGGAAGAGCUUCCCGACUGCGCCGUCAUCGCCGGUCAAUUCUGAAACAUCGGAGACGGAAGAGUGGGUCAUCGGCGGCGUGCUCUCCUCAAAGCCCUGUCAUGUAAAUCCUGCCUGCCAGUUGAGGAAACACAAGACCAACCGCAAGCCCCGCACUCCCUUCACCGCGUCCCAGCUCCUGGCGCUGGAGAGAAAGUUCCGUCAGAAGCAGUACCUGUCCAUCGCCGAGCGGGCCGAGUUCUCCUCCUCCUUGAAUCUCACGGAGACCCAGGUGAAGAUCUGGUUCCAGAACCGCCGAGCGAAAGCCAAGAGGCUCCAGGAGGCCGAGAUGGAGAAACUGAAGAUGGCCGCUGAUGCUAAGACCGCGGCGGUGGCGGCCGCCAGAUCACUCAUGCAGCCGAGUCUUCCGUUGCCGCUAACACUUGGCGCUAUGUACGGACAGCCCUUCUCUGCAUACCACCACAGACCCAUGUUGCCUUUUGCACCCUUAGGACUAUACGCUACUCCUCUGGGCUACGGCAUGUACCACUUGUCAUAGAAACUGGAUUCUCACUGACUUUGGGUCUUGAUGCUUCCAUGAAGAUGCCCAAAAGAGACAUUAUGGAGGAUGGGCUGACUUAAAAAUAUGUUUAUAGUUGCACAAGAGGAUGUUUAUAUGCUCUCAUGGUGAGGAUUAUAAAAAUAUUCUCAUUUUAUUCUUAUGUUAACUUCUGCAAUAAAGCAGCUGUGCACUUGAUGGCCAAAAGUGCCUUAAUGUCAGUGAGGGCCUUUUUCAGCUCAAAUGAAAAAUAUAGAUCUUCCUCAGGUACUCAGAUAUUGAAUAACAUUGACAAUACUGCACAAAAACUCAUAAUCAAGAACACAGAAGACAGUUAUUCAGAUAAAAUAAAAACUGCUCCCAUGCUUAAGAAUUGACCCUAAUUUUGGGAAUCCCUGAUAUAAAAAUAGUGUUUCAUGACACAUUAACAGAAGGUACUUUUUCUUUGUAAAAAGUAUAUAUAAUGAAUGACAUGUAGUCUUAUAUUACUGGCCUUAAAAUGUUUACAUGCAAACUAAAAGGUGACUUCCCCCCCAACCAAUCAGAGCUUUUCUCUCAAGUCACCCACACACCAGAAAGAUGCAGGGACCGGCUGGGAAAAAGGUAUCCGUCAAUAUAUUGUCUUUUAAAAAGAGGGGUUCAUCUCUAAUAUUCAGGUCAGUGCGUAUACAUGCUGUUCUAAUCAUGAUUCAACCCUAUAUAUGACUUUUUCAUUAUGCCCAUAACCUAUUUAUUCUUCUCUCAAAUACGACUGUGGGGAUGUACCUGUGCCUUUCUAAGAUAUAUUUAUGAGUGUGAAAAUACGGUGAAACGGUCCAAAGAUAUGGUUCUUGAGCGUCCCUUUGUUAGGCAGCACAUUGAACUAUGCAGUUUAUACUGUUUGUUUAUAUAUCGAUAUGUCUAAUUGUUCCUCAAAUGGAUGAAAUAAAAGCCUUACAGACA